AUGUUGAGCGCAUGGAAGAAGGAGCCAAGACUCGUGGGUGUGGCCCCUCAACCCGCAGCAGCCGGGACCAUGGCCUGCUGCAUGUCAGCCAACUUUGGACUUUCGAUGCGCGUUGGAAAGUUGAAUCUCCAUGAUCGAUUGCUGGAUCAUCCAUCUUUGCGGCCCUCUGCCAUUGCCAAGUGCGACCCCCAACAGCAAUCCAAGGUUAGGGACGACGGCAGUGGCUGCAAAGGUGGGCCAGCGAAUAUCCGUACUGUAUGGAGUAUUCUAGCUAGCUGAUUUACGUACACCGUAGGACAACAGCUCCAGCUCCAGGCCGUACCGUAUUUCCAAGUUCCAACCGAUCUUACUUUUGUGCAAAGACAACAACAUGGGCUGAUGAACAUGGUCAGCGUCAAUUCCUAG